CUUGUAGCGCUGCGCUGAUUGGUUGAAUGACUGGUCGGUCCAGCUGAUGGUAGAGGCGCAAGUAGUGUUGACAACGCCGCCUUGGAUCUCGUCUCUAUUUAUUUAUUUCCAAAAGGAUAUUUAUUUGGAAAGAACAAAGCGAAUUUGGAGGAAAGGAAAGACAUGUCUUAAUGUAUUUCAUACCUGUGUCUGAUCCAUGUGCCAGUCAGCUGAAGCAUGCUGGAAGAAUGCAGCCUAUAACCAGAAGAGAUGCUGGAGUCUGGCAUCAAACAAGGAGCCUGCUCUACAAAAACCUGCUGAUCAAAUGGAGGACCAAACAACAGAGUCUCCAGGAGCUGAUCUUGCCUUUGCUGCUCCUAGGCCUCCUCAUCCUCAUUAGCACCCUGAACCCUCAUGUCUCAUACGGCAGUAUCAGCACCAAGGAGCUGGAGUAUGAACGGGACCUGUCACUCAAAGGUCUCGGCUACACGCCCAUCAACAAUGUCACCAAUCACAUCAUGGAGGAGGUGGCACGGGAACUGCCUAUGAAUGACCGAUUAGAGAUGUUCUCCACUGAGGAAGAAUUGGAGAAUGCCAGUCUCUAUGAACCUGAUGGCUUUGUAGGAGUGGUCUUCUUGGAUUCAAUGUCGUACCGUCUGCGAUUCCCGUACAGCCAACUCCCUCUGCCUAGUGACUUCACCGAAUCCAUAACAAGCUGCUACACAAACUAUGUCAACUGCCGUGCCGCCAACUACUGGUAUUCUGGAUUCAUACGACUGCAGUCUCUCAUUGAUGCUGCCAUUAUACAGAUGAAGACCAAACGUCCUGUGUGGAACGAAUUAAAAGUGCGUGCAGUGAUGAUGGGACAUCCGGGUUCAGUGGAGGUCCAGAAGUUCCCUCAUGCCCUGAUCUCCAUAUACCUAGUGCUGGCGUUCACACCCUUUGUCUCUUUCCUCAUUGUCAAUGUGGCAGCUGAAAAAGAGCAGCGGUUGAAAGACACCAUGGGCAUGAUGGGAUUGUAUGACUCUGCAUUUUGGCUUUCAUGGGGCCUCCUCUAUGCUGCACUAGUGACGACCAUGUCCAUUCUCAUGGCUGUCAUAGCAACCUGCACACCCCUGUUCUCCAACAGCAACUUCUUUGUCAUCUUCCUCCUCAUUUUCCUCUAUGGAAUAUCCUCUAUUUUCUUCUCCUUCAUGUUGACCCCUUUGUUUAAGAAACCCAAGUUUGCAAGUACAGUGGGCUCCAUGCUGACUGUGGUGUUUGGGUGUCUAUCUCUUUUCACUGUGCUGAUGAGAGAUUUCCCCCAGUCAGCCGUGUGGCUCCUCUGCCUUCUGUCUCCCAGCGCCUUCUCUAUCGGCAUUGCCCAGGUGGUGUAUCUGGAAGCUCAAGGGGACGGCGCAGUGUUUUCCUCUCUGGGCAAUGGUCCUCACGCCCUCUAUGUUCCUAUGGUCAUGCUGUUCUUGGACUGCAUUAUCUAUCUGCUUUUAGCCAUUUACCUGGACCAAGUGCUACCAGGCGAGUUUGGCACAAGGCGCUCAGUGCUGUACUUCCUACAGCCAUCCUAUUGGUCGAAGCGGAGGAAGCGCUAUGUGGAGGUGAGCUCUGUGUACGAGGGUGAUGUCAACGGAACCCCAGUGAAUGAUGAAUCGGUGGAGGCGGUUUCUCCUGAGUUUAGAGGCAAAGAGGUUAUCAGGAUCUGCAAUAUUCGUAAAAUCUACAGAGAGAAAGACACCAAAGUGGAGGCUUUGAGAGGUUUGACUUUUGACAUCUAUGAGGGUCAGAUCACUGCCCUGCUGGGUCACAGUGGAGCAGGAAAAUCCACCCUCAUGAACAUCCUGUGUGGCAUCUUCCCCCCUACAGAAGGCACGGCAACCAUCUAUGGCUCUCCUGUGGCAGAGAUAGCGGAGGGGGCCGAGAUGAAACAGCUGGUUGGUAUAUGCCCCCAGUUCAACAUCAUCUUUGAUGUUCUCACUGUAGAGGAACACCUGAGGAUCUUUGCUGCCAUCAAAGGGAUCCUGCCCUCUGAUAUUGAUGGUGAGGUGAGAAAAGUUCUAAGGGAUCUGGAUUUAGAAAAGAUUAUGGACGCCCAGGCGAAAAACCUGAGUGGAGGCCAGAAGAGGAAGCUCUCUGUGGGCAUAGCAAUUCUCGGAGACCCAAAGGUCCUUCUUCUGGAUGAGCCUACGGCUGGUAUGGACCCAGUGUCUCGGCACCAGGUCUGGUCCUUACUGAAAAGCCGUAGAGCAGGCAGAGUUACUGUACUCAGCACUCAUUACAUGGACGAGGCAGAUAUACUUGCAGAUCGUAAAGCUGUCAUCUCUCAAGGACAGCUGAAAUGUGUUGGUUCCUCUUUGUACCUGAAGACCAAGUGUGGGGUUGGCUACCAUCUUAGAAUGUCUGUAACUGAAGGCUUUGACGUGGAGAACAUCACAUCACUGGUCAAGCAGCAUGUUCCCAAGGCUCAGUUGUCAAGGCAGCAAGAGGCUGAGCUUACAUUCACAUUGCCUUUCGAGAGCAUGGACACUUUCCCAGGGCUGUUUGCGGAGCUGGACUGUCGACCUGACCUGGGUAUCAUUAACUAUGGUGUCUCCAUGACAACGUUAGAGGACGUCUUCUUGCGUCUUGAGGCAGAGGCAGAGGUGGAUCAGGCUGACUACAGUGUGUUUAACCAAGAAAAGGUGGAAGACGAGGGAGACACAUCCUCUGUGGAUGACACAGACCAGCGGCUGCUGACGUUUUCAGACAGCAGGCAGGAUGCAGUAACCGGUCGUGCCCUCUGGAGGCAGCAGUUUAGCACCAUGGCCUGGCUGCACAUGCUCAGCCUGCAGAGAGAGAGAAAACCUAUCAUAUACAAUUUGACGCUCUUCCUGGUUUUCUUAUCUGCAAUGCUGAUUCUGUCCGUGGCCACGGGAAACAUUCAGAUUCAUUCUCCUGAAAGACUGUUUUCACCUAUAUACCUGCUGCACCGCAACGAGGCUCCUCACAAAUACACCACCAGUCUGCUUGUGCAAAACUCCACCGAUUCUGACCUGUCAGGGUUCAUCCACAAUCUGGAGUCUCAGGAUAUUAAAGUGGAAAUGAUGAAAAAGCCAGACUAUAUGUCUGCUGCUCCUGUCAGCGCCGCCAUCAACGUGACAGGAUCCAGUAAGGAUUUUACCUACAUUUUAGCGUUUAACAGCACCACCGUGCACUCCUUGCCUAUGGUUGUCAAUGUGCUCAGUAACGCCCUCCUGAGGGGCUUUAACGGCACAGGACACAUUAGAACAUGGACUAAACCCUUCGACUAUCAAAUCCCAGAUAAGACAUCCUAUGCACUGGUUUAUAUUGAGGCUGUGAUUCUUGGGAUGCUGGCCGCUGGGAUGCCAGCCUAUUUUGCAAUGGACCACACAAGAGACAAAGAGUUGAAGUGUCGCUCGACCCUGAGGAUCUCUGGUCUUGUUCCUUCAGCGUACUGGUGCGGUCAGGCAGCUAUUGAUGUCCCUUUCUAUUAUCUUAUCUUAAUCUGUAUGACCAGCACCCUGUUUGCCUUCCAUUCUACAAACCUGCUAACCUCGCAUAACAUCAUGUCUGUGGCUCUGUGUCUGAUUGGCUUCGCUCCAGCCAUGGUUCUCUUCACAUACUGCAUAUCCUUCAUGUUCAUCAGAGUCCAGAGCAAUAGAGACUUCUUCUCAGUGGUCUCCAUGAUGUUGUGUGUGGUUUCUGCAUCCAUAGUCCAGCUGGCUCUUGUGAAUGAGAAUUCUGGUGUGGCUCGUCUCCUACACAAUGCACUGUGUUUCUUCAGUCCACUCUACCCUCUUAUGGGCUGCCUUAACUGCAUUACCAUGGUCACCUUCCUUCAGUCUCCUCAUGAUGAUGAUUUCCUGUGGAAGAAUCUCUUCAUCUCUGUGGUGUCUCCGUAUAUCCAGUGUAUUCUGCUGCUCUUCACCCUGAGAUGGCUUGAGAUUAGAUAUGGAGGGAAGACCAUGAAAAAUGACCAGCUCUGCAGGAUUUCCUCCCAAGCGAAGAGCAAAGCUCAGCGAAACCCAGAGGAGAACAUGAGUGAGGAUGAGGAUGUUCAGGUGGAGAAAGCUCGAGUGAAGGAGGCGUUGACAUGUCAGUGCUGUGAGGAGAAACCAGUGGUAGUGGUGAGUAACCUCAGGAAACAGUACAAAGGCAAGAGGGAGGGCUUUUCGCUCAGCAAGAGAAGGAAAGUGGCCACUAAGAACAUCUCAUUUUGUGUUCGCAAAGGUGAGGUUUUGGGUCUGCUGGGACCAAAUGGAGCAGGAAAGAGCACUAUCAUGCAUGUGCUGUCUGGAGACACUGAACCCACUGCUGGACAGAUUUUAAUGGGAGAUUAUGGAACAGACUUCCAACCAGUGGAAAACCCCUUGGAACAUGUAGGGUACUGUCCUCAGGUGAACCCUCUGUGGCCUAGAAUCACUCUACAGGAGCACCUGGAGAUCUAUGCUGCUAUAAAGGGGCUACGUCAGCGUGAUAUCCCAAAUAUCAUUAAGCGUGUUGUGAAUGCUCUAGAGCUGAAGGAUCAUCUUUACAAACAGGCAAAAAACCUGUCUGCAGGGCUAAAGAGGAAGCUGUGCUUUGCACUAAGCAUGCUGGGAAAUCCUCAGAUAGUUCUGUUGGAUGAACCAUCUACAGGAAUGGAUCCCAAAUCAAAACAACGCAUGUGGAGGGCGAUCCGUGCUGCCUUUAAGAACAAACAGCGAGGAGCCAUAUUGACCACCCACUACAUGGAAGAGGCCGAGGCUGUGUGUGACCGUGUGGCAAUCAUGGUUUCUGGUCAGCUGAGGUGUAUUGGCUCUAUUCAGCACCUGAAGGGGAAGUUUGGGAGAGGCUACAGCCUAGAGAUUAAUCUCAGGGAGGAGCUCACAGGUCUCCAGCAGGUAGCGCUGUUGCACAAAGAGAUACUGAAAAUAUUUCCCCACGCUGCUCGUCAGGACAGUUUUGCCACUCUGAUGGUGUAUAAAAUUCCAAUGGAAGAUGUGAAGUCACUAGCCAAGUCCUUUGCCCAGUUAGAAAGUGCUAAACAGAACUUUAACUUUGAAGAGUACAACUUCUCCCAGUCAACGCUUGAACAAGUUUUCAUGGAGUUCGCUAAAGAGCAAGAUAAUGAAGAAGAGGAGGUCGGAUCGCUUAGCACAACUUUUCAAUGGCAGAGACUGAGACAGGACGGCCCUGUAUCCGUCAAUCACGCUGACAGCAUAGUACACCAGCUAUGAGCCAAUCCUGUCCAGCCUUCCCUGAAGCGAUGUGCCCUUCUUUUUUUUUUUCUUUUUUUUUUCUCUGUCUCUUUCUCUAUCGCUCUGCAUGUGCCGUCCUUUGCCUUAAAGAGCCUUAAACUGAUGGGACUCGCAGGACAAUAGACUGUGGAGACUCCAGCAGCCACCAGCACACAUACAGGACGUGUGUGUGUGUGUGUGUGGGCUGUGAAAGUUGCGUUGGCUCUGGUAUUGGCACUUGCUCAGAUGGUAUCUGACACAUGAAUUUAGUGUCAGCUGUAAACGCCGAGCUAGACUUGGCAGUUCUUUGUUUUGUUGUUGUCAUUUGUUUUUAUGAAGAGAUUUUAUUUUUUAAAUUCUCACUCUCUGUAAAUUCUUAUAUCUUCCGUUCACCUGAUGUAUAUCAAACACACCGUUCCAUUGUUUCCAUAUGCACCAAGUCAGUCACUGGGAUAUUAAUUGCAUGGAGCAGGUUCCACAUUAUCAAAUCGGUACCAAAGUCUCACUCACAUCGACACCAAAACAGUGCUUUUAGGUGUCUGUAGCAUGGGAUAUAAACUUGCGUCUCUGUGUGUAUGGCUGUAUUACGUUAUUAUCUAUGUGUACUGUUGUAAGGUAAGUUUUCAGACAGGAGAAUCUCAUUACAGAUGUGUGCAAACUUUCAGGCAGCAUUAACACUGAGAUUUACCAGCAUGUAUAGGGCUGCUCUCGUUUCUUGUAACCCUUUUUAGGGCAGAGCGGCCCUGCCGGUGCAUGAAGCCUCUUCUGUCUCUGCUGCACCUGGGAGAUCCACAAGACUCCUUUCUCAAACACCAGCACGUGUUUCAGGCUUUCACACAGAGCUCUCCAAAGAAAAACAGGGCUAAGCACUCACAGUGAGUAAGCAAGUGGGUUAAUCGAGACGAUGAAGAACUUCUCCCUGUCAUACCUUUUCCAUCCCAUCAUCGGGUGGCCUUCCUUUAGGAACAGUUUUAUCAUUUAAAAUCAGUAGCUUAAGAAUGUAGUUCUCACAAUCCACACUGAACCAUGUAGCACUCCAGAUUAGUUGCAUACUGCUGAGUGAGGUCUUUUAUUUGAUUUUUUUUUUUUUUUUUUUUUUUUGUUAACAAAAAUUACCAAUGUAGGAACCGUGAUCCUUGAAUGUACAGUGGGUGACGUUUUAUAGUAAAGCAUUUGAUGUGGGUUUAAAGUAUCCAGAGUAAGUCUUGAGCACCACAAUUAGAAGUUUGCAUUCAGCUUGGGCUCGUUUUGGUUGGUUCUCGUUCAAGAGGGUCUGCCUUUUUAUACCUUUUGGGAUAUUUUUAUUUAAAUGUUAAAAUGAUUAAAUGAUCACCUCUCUUUUUGUUUGCCAAUAAUAUGUACAAUUCUAAAAUAGAUUUCUUUUGUGAGGCACAUUGGAGAAUGCCUUUCAAGAGUCAACAAUUUACAACAAAAAAAAUGUCUAUACUACUGGCAAAGUAUUACAUUUUUGGGCUUUUUAUUAAUGCGUUAAUGGGUAAUACUUUAAAAUAAUGUUAUGUACAUUAGUUAAUGCAAUAGCUAAUAACAAUUAAAGACCGAUUUACAGCAUUUGAUCAAUCCCAAUCAAUUUAUUAAUUCCACUUCCCCAUGUUUAUUUUUCUUAACAUUUUUCAUUUGUUAUUUUUAAAAGCGUUUUGGUUUAAUUAAUUUAUUGUUUUAUGACCAAACAUGCAUUAAUUUAUGUUAACUAAUUAAACAUUAUUGUAAAGUAUUGUCAAUUAAAGGUAUUCUUCAUUAGUGGGAGUGAGCUGCCCUUCUCAUUUCUCUUCAUGUUGGCUGAAGUAUUGAAGCUAAUACACCAAUGUAUUCUACUCAUCAGGAAGUGUUUUCAUUUCAAAACUAUACAAACGUGUGUUUUCAUUUGGUGCAUCUUUCUGGUAACUUGCUGAUUUCCUUUGUCCAGUAGAUGUUUCUUUAUCCAGCUCUGAGCGAUGGUGAUGGUGCUGAACCGUGUGUUGGUAUGAGGAACUCUGCCCCAAGUGCUGGUUCUCUUGUUGGUAGAACUUCUAAAAGAUGUUUGCUAGGUGUUUCAUGGUUGCUCUUGAGCAAAUCUGUUUGUAGAUGGUUUUUAUUUUUCUGAGUAUACUCAAUUGUUAAUUUUUUUGGACAUUUAAACCUAGCUGAAUGUGAAAGGUUGUAUAUAGUGUUGUUUGGAACAGUCCUCAAAAAUUGUAAUCAAUGCCAAGAUGGCAUGUUAUGUGGACUUUAGAUUUUAUUUUAUUUUUUGACUUCAUCUUCCUGACAAAGUUUGAUUUUACAGUUAAUCAAACUCUUGUUGUCUUGUAUUGUCCGUUUUUAGAGGCACACAAUUCAACCUCUGUAGCAUCUACAAAGUUCUGCAAAGAUUUAAAGAACAAAAAGAUGUCCUCAUAAUGGAGUAAUUAUGGCUGACGUGCAGAGCAGACACAGUGAAUUUUCAAUGGGAUAUAAUUGUAAUUUUUGCACAUAUAUAGCCUGUUAUGUCAGUAAUGUAUAACAUCUUCUGUAACGUUUAACACUGACCGGUUUAGUCUUUGCUGAACUGGGUUGGAAUGGGAUGAUUAUAUUGAAAACUAUCUAACAUCUAUUUAACCAAGACCUUUAUUUCCUCCAAAGUGCAAUAUAUGAAUACUUGUGUGCGUGUGUGUGUGAGUAUUUAUUGUAUUAUGUAGACGGUGUCAUUGCGAACUGCAAUAUUAAUGUUGUCUCUCUUGUGAACUCAGAUGUGUCUUGCAGUACAAUGUAGCCACAAAUAUAUAAUCUUUUAGAACGCUUUGCACUCUUCCCCUAGUGCCCAUUUCCUGCCCUUUGUAUGCAAAAAUUCUGUUUGAAAAUAAAUUGUAUUCAGAAUGUUGUUAAUUUUUGGACUGUGAAAAAGUUGCCCAUUUCAUGUUUUACUUCAAACUAUAACAUGAACUGUGCUUAUCUAUCUAUCAUUCUAUCUAUCGUUCUAUCGAUCGUUCGUGUCUGGUUUAAAGUUUUACCUGGUGGUGAUGACUGCAGAAAUUUUAAUAAGGUGGUGAGGUGGUAUAUAUAUAUAUAUAUAUAUAUAUAUGUAGAUUCAAAAUGAUCUGACUGGUUGGUUUUACUAAUUUUAAGAAAUAUAAACUAAAUUUGUAUUUGAGAUGAGCUGUUCUUAAUCUUAAUGCAAAAUUUAGUAUUUAAAGUGGCAUGAAACCCAAUUGUUCAGCACAGAAUAUUGUAUGUUGCAUUUGUUUUCUGUAACAUUAGACUUAAUUUUAUUUUAUACAAAAUAUACUACUACUUUUUUUUUUUUUUCAAAUUCUGUCUAAUAUGACCAGUUUCCGAAGUUACAAAGUUAGUUACCAUAGGUUCACUCCCACACUACAGAGAGAAAAAAACACUGGCGAGGUAUUUUUGUUUCCAGUCAUCCUGCUCCAUUAAUCAGUAAUACAUUUUGAGAUGAGACAAUGAUAAAAUUGUUCUUGCAGCUUGCCACAAAACAUGUUUUAAAAGAAGUUUCAUAAACGUGUAUACAUGGCUGUAUUUUCUUUAUUGCUUUAGAAAGAAGUCUCCACCAAAGCUGCAUUCAUUUGAUCAAAGAUAUAGUAACAACUGUUAUGUUGUGAAAUCUUUUUACAAUUUAAAAUAACGGUUUUUAAUCUACUCAGUUUUUUAAAUAAAAGUUUUGUUCAUGUGAUGAUAAAGCUGAAUUCUCUGCAUCAUUACUUCAGUCUUCAGUGUCACAUGAUCCUUCAGAAAUCAUUAUAAUAUGCUGAUUUGAUAAAGAAACAUUUCUAAUGUCAAUGUUAAAAUGGUUGUGCUACUUACUAUUUUUGUGGAAACAUGAUGCAAAAUUCAAAAGAACAGCAAUUAUUUGAAAUAGAAAUGUUAUUUGUUAAUUGCUAAUUAUACAUGUCUUUACAGUGACUGGUUAUAUUUAAUGCAUUCUUGAGUUUUUUUUUUUUUUAUUAUUAUUAAAAAUCUUACUGACCUCAAACUUGUGAA